AAGGCAUUUUGGAGCGCGUGCCUCCCUCCCGGCCAGCACCCAUGUGGGACCAGCCGCUACUCAAGCCUUACUUCGACAACACCACCCACAGCCGCGUCAUCGGUGCCGUCGGCAGGACUGCUUACUUACACUGUCGUGUUAAACACCUGGGAGACCGUGCGGUAACGUGGAUCAGGAAGCAGGAUGUGCACGUGUUGACGGUGGGACUCUUCACCUACACCACCGACGAUAGGUUCACAGCACUUCACUCUGAGGGAUCCGACGACUGGACGCUCCGUAUAGCCUCUGCUCAGAUAUCGGAUUCUGGCACCUACGAAUGUCAGAUCUCCACCGAGCCGAAGAUGUCCAGGGCAUUCAAACUCCAGGUUGUUGAAGCGGAGGCGCACGUGGCGGGGCCUCGAGAGAUCCACAUGGUGAGUGGCAGCAAUAUCAACCUGACGUGCUCGGUGACGGGUAGUCCGGAGCCUCCGCAGUACAUCUAUUGGUACCGAGGCACCACCCUCAUCAACUACAGCUCACGGGGCGGCAUCAGCGUCGUGACAGACAAACACUCUCGCACCUCCAGACUGGUCGUCACCAGGGCCACCACUGCUGACUCAGGCAACUACACGUGUGCCCCAGCUAACGCAGAGCCAGCAUCCGUCAGCGUCUACAUCCUGAACGGUACGGACCAGUUAGGUAUAGAGAAAGGGCAAGGUUAACACUUAGGUAUAGGGAAAGGGCAAGUUUAACACCCAUAGUUAGGGGGCAAACGCAGGCGUUUUCAUUCAUCAAGGAGGGGUGAAUGGAUACUGGUCAUCCCAUGAACUAGAGCUACCUUUCUCUUCCUCGGAUCAAAGUUGGUGUGACCUGGGAUGGUAGUUGAAACUGUGACCUGGGUAAUAAUGGGACUUGGUGUGACGUGUGGUAUUGGAAGUUGGUGAGACCUGGGUAGUGUUAGUGUGAUCUCCCGAAUUUGGUGUGACCUGUGUUGUACUGGAAGUUGGUGUGACCUGUGUUGUACUGGAAGUUCACAUGACCUAGGAAGUAGAGGAAUUUGGUGUGACUCGGGGUGGUAGUGGAAGGUGUUGUGAUCUGGGUGGUAGUGGAAGGUGUUGGGAUCUGGGUGGCAUUGGAAGUUGGUGACUUGGUAGUGGAAGGUGUUGUGACCUGGGUAUUAGCGAAAGUUUGUGUGACCUGUGUGGAAGUGAAAGCUGGUGUGACCUGGGUGAUAGUGGAAGUUGAAGUGACCUGGGAGGUAGUGGGAGUGGGUGUGACCUGGGUGGUAAUUGAAGCUAGUGUUAUCUCAGGAGGUAGUGAAAGUUUAGGUCUGGGUCUGGGUCACACUAGCUUCAGAGGUCACCCCAGAUCACACCGCCUUCCACUACUACCUGGGGCAGUAGUAGAAGGUGGUGUCCUGGGGUAGUGGAAGAUAAUGUGACCUGGAGUAGUUGAAGUUGGUGUUACCUGGGUGAAAGUGGAAGUUUGUGUGACCUGGGGUGAUAGAAGCACUGGUCGCCGUUGCCCAGCGGUGAGAGUAGCCAGUCUCAUUGCUGAGGUCCAGGUAACAAACCCUGGAGAUUAACAUUACAUGGGGUGAUAGAAGUUGGUGUGAUCUGGGGUGACCUUGGAAGUUUGUGUAACCUGGGUGGUAGUGGGAGAUGAUGUGCCCUGGGCUGGUAGUGGCAGUUAGUGUGACCUGGGGUGGGAGUGGAGGUUGGUGUGACCUGGGGUGCUAGUGGGAUUUGGCGUGACCUAGGAGGAGAGUGGUAGUGUGACGCGAGGUGGUAGUGGAAGUUGGUGUGGUCUGGGAUUUUAGUGGAAAUUGGUGUGACCUGGUAGUGGAAUUUAAUGACCUUAGUGGCAGUGGAAAGUGAUGUGACCUGAGUGGUAGAUGUUUGAGUGACCUAAGGCAGUAGUGGCAGUUGGUGUGAGUUGGAGUGGGAGAGAAAGUUGGUGUGACCUGGGAUGGGAGCGGUAGUGUAACCUUGGUGGUAGUGAAAGUUAGUGUGACCUGGGGUGGUACAGAAAGUAUGUGUGAUCUGGGGUAAUAAGAAGAACAUAAGAAUGUAGGAACACUGCAGAAGGCCUACUGGCCCAUACGAGGCAGAUCCUUAUCAAAACGACAUCUACCUAAAGCAACUCAAGAAAUAACUCCCGUACCCCUUGACACCAAUCAAACCCAGCCCCUCCCACUCAUAUAUUUGUCCAGUCUCUUCUUAAAGCCACCCAAGGUCCCAGCCUCUAUCACCCCACUGGGAAGACUGUUCCACGCAUCCACAACUCUGUUAGAAAACCAGUACUUACCUAUGUCCUUUCUAAAUCUAAAUUUAUCCAACUUAAAUCCAUUAUUCCUGGUUCUUACCUGGUUCGACACCCUCAGUACUUUAUUAAUGUCUCCCUUGUUUAUGCCCGUCAUCCACUUAUACACCUCAAUGAUAUCUUCCCUCAUUCUACGCCUCUCCAGAGAGUGGAGAUUUAAGGCUUUAAGUCUAUCUUCAUACGGGAGGUUCCUUACACAGUAAAUCAUUUUAGUCAUUCUUCUCUGUAUGUUCUCUAAUGAGUCUA